AUGGCAUCGGGUGCUUACCCAGUUGGUUACAGAUUUCAUCCUACAGACCUGGAAUUGGUGGCUUACUACCUCCACAACCGGGUUGCCAUGGUUGAUCAGUUUCGCUCGAGUCCAAUCCUUGAUUGCCCUGACUUCUAUGGCAAAAAUGAGCCCUGGCUGAUUUGGGACAUGUUCCGUGCCCAAUCCAACAACAUGAAAGAGGAAGAAACUCUGUAUUUCUUUACUCACCGCAAGAAAUUGAAUCCCAAAGCGAAAAAAUUUGAUAGAAAAGUGGGAUCGGGAACAUGGAGUGCCCAAUAUUCAAAAAAUGUUGUUGCUGCUGAUGAUAGUGUUGUUGGAAUUAAGAGAGAAUUUCGGUAUGAGGGUGGAUCUGAUCCACAUCAAAAUGGGGCUUGGUUGAUGCAGGAGUACGAGAUCACAUCUCACAAUGAUCUCCUUGAGGUUGUUGAGGUUCAGAAGGAGGGCAGUAAUGAUGAUCUCACGGCCUCAGCUGGUCAACCGUUAUCUGCUAGUGAUGAUCAGAUUCAAACUGUUCAGGUCGACGAGACUAAUAAUUCCAUUACUAAUUCUCCUAAUGAUACUUCAUAUGCGUAUUUUGAUCCUGAAGUUGAGGCAUUCUUUGGCUUGACUACUGAUGAUAUAUACGAUGAUGAUGACUGUCAGUUUUCGAGUUCUGAAAUACAGGCAUUCUUAGCUUGUCUGGACUGA